AUGGGUAUCAUUUAUUCACGUUUCUUUGAUGUUCACUGGAAACUCGCUGAGGCUGCUUAUGGAAUUUUGAAAAAAGGAUAUCCGAAUGUUCCAAUUACUCUACCAUUUCCCAAUUGGAGAGCCCUUUUUGUCGAUUUGAAACGAGAAAUGGCUGAAGUGAAAAGAAAGUACAAGCCUGGGAAAGAAGAAAAAGAAAAACCAAAAGUGAAAGGAAAAAAGAGAAAAUCGAAGGAAGAGAUGCCAAAUUCAUGGAUGAAUCUACCGGAAACUUACAAUGAGGCAAAAAUCCCAUUGAGGGCAGCAUUGCAAUGGUUGGGUGGAAUUGUUCCAUCAUUGAACUCGAAAUGGUGCCGAAGCUGUGAUUUGAAAGAGAUCAGUCAUCUCCGUCGAUUGAUUCUUUUUCAAAAAGUUUGUCGAAUCGCAUUUGGGCCGAAAGAAGACUGGGAAAAGUCGGCGAUACAAUUGGAGAAGGAUCUCUUCGAUCAAGUUGUCACAAAGCAAUUCGAGCGCAAAAAACAGAGCGUUUGGGCAUUGGCGAUGCAAGAUAAACUAAUGGAUCCACUCGCACCGAACGCCGAAAACAUUGUGAUGGUGGAAAAGGAGGAUUUGAAUGGAUCACGAUAUGCUGUUGGCAAUGAUUUCAUGAUUGUAAAUGCAGAUGGAUCAUUUGGAAAAUUCAUCUACCUUUCUAAACCGGCUCCAACUUUGUUCAAGUGGUUAUUGGAUGCGGGAAGAGCAAUCGAAGACCAAAAUUUUGAACUUGGAGUUAAAGAGGCAGCGGUGGGGAAAUCAACAGUGGCAAUGUUCAAUGAAAAAUUCAUCACUCUUCGUUCAAAGAGACGAUGUGAGAAAAUUGCUAGAGAUUAUAGAUAUUACGGUAAUCGAUUUCCAAACACUCAUCCACCAUCGAUCAUUCUUUGUUUUGACGAUUCACAAUCCGAUCAAAUCCUCAUCAUUUACACGGAAAUGGAAGGGGAAAAAGAAAUCCAAUUCGGAUCAGUGAGCAUUUCGGUGAUAAAGAACACAAAGAAAAUGCUAAAUAAUAAAAAAGAUGAAGAAAUAAAAGGACUUCGAGUUUAUUUGAAUGAAGGAAAUCUUGGUGGAUAUUGUCAUAUCAUUCAGACUGAGAAUCUCAAACAAGGAAAAGACGCUUUUGCCCCACAUUUCAUCUAUCUAGAAGAUGCGGAGAAGGAAGAUGAUUGCAAAAAUUGGCUCUUCAAAUCCAGACCUCAAGUAAUUCUUCGAAGAAAUGAAGUGAAUCCGUUAUUUGGAAAGACUCGAAUGUUCAAUCGUCAUCGCAUUUGUGACGUGAAACCACAAAAAGAAUAUGAUCUCUCGAGGUCAUUUAUGAGAAUCGAUAUUUCAAGAGAUCAUUCAGGAGAUGAACUACAAGAAGGUGAAACCGAAGACGAAGAAAUCCCAUGUAAACGACGAAAUCAGGAAGCCAAAUCAGAAUCACCAAUUACUCAGCCAUCAUCCACGCCUGCACUCUACAAUUCGACAACCGAAUCGGAUUGUGAAACUCUCUCAAAUUCCAUUGUCGAAUCCCGUCCUGCGAGUGAAUGGAAUGAUCCAGAGAAACCGGGUUCAAGUCGACUCCCGUGGAUGGAUUUGGUUGAUGACAUUUAUUUGGAGGUGAAAGCGUUGAAAGAUCUCGAUUCAAAUCAUUUGUCAUUUCCACAAUUCGCUGAUGCAUUUAUGUUAAGACAUCAAGAAAACCAGGAUGAUUUGCAAGAAGGUCGUCUUUCACGAUCAAACACCAGAAAUCGUUCGAGAACCACUUCCAGUGAAUUCCCGGCAAGCUAUUCCCAAUCAAGCAUUGCUCAAGUUAGUACUUCACCGAGUAUCUCUAGCCUUUCACAAACACCUGAUAUGCAUGGAUUGUUUCAAGCAAAAGAAUUCGAUGACGAUAAUGAAGACAAUGGUCCAAUUCAUUUC